UUGUCUGUUAUAAUUUCUAUGUUAUUUCUUCCUACAUUUCUUACUUUUGGUUCUUCCAACAAGAAGAUCUUUGUUUCGAUCUUCAAUAACCCCAAAACCCAGAAAAAUCAAAUAAAAUUUUAUUGAAUUAGCCUUUCAAAUAUCUUGGCUCAAAUUUAUUAUUAUUAUAGAAAUAACAAAGAGCUUUUUUUGUAAAAAAAAAAAAAAUGGCUCAAGCUGUUGAAGAAUGGUAUAAGCAAAUGCCCAUCAUCACCCGCUCUUAUCUCACAGCUGCCGUAGUUACCACUAUUGGCUGCUCUCUCGAAAUAAUAUCACCUUAUCAUCUGUACUUGAACCCUAAGCUGGUGGUUAAGCAGUAUCAAUUCUGGCGCCUCAUUACCAACUUCUUGUACUUCCGCAAGAUGGAUUUGGAUUUCAUGUUUCACAUGUUCUUUCUUGCUCGCUACUGCAAACUUCUUGAAGAGAACUCUUUCAGGGGAAGGACUGCAGAUUUUUUUUACAUGCUCUUGUUUGGAGCUUCUGUCUUAACUGGCAUUGUUCUUAUUGGAGGAAUGAUACCUUAUCUGUCAGAGUCAUUUGCCAAAAUCAUAUUUCUAAGCAAUUCAUUGACAUUCAUGAUGGUUUAUGUGUGGAGCAAACAGAAUCCCUUUAUACAUAUGAGUUUUCUGGGUCUUUUUACCUUUACAGCAGCUUACUUGCCCUGGGUGCUUUUGGGAUUCUCUGUCCUUGUUGGCGCUAGUGCUUGGGUGGAUCUCCUGGGAAUGAUAGCCGGUCAUGCAUACUAUUUUCUUGAAGACGUAUAUCCGCGAAUGACUGGUCGCAGACCCCUAAAAACUCCGUCCUUUAUUAAAGCGUUUUUUGCAGAUGAGGCUGUAGUGGUAGCACGGCCAGCAAAUGUGAGAUUUGCCCCACCACCGGCAGAGGAACUUCACAGAGAUUAAUCUGUCCUUUGGAGACGAGACCAACGGAGGGUAGCUUAGGUUGAAUUUAUCUCUGAUUGGACAUAGCAAAGGCCCAAAAAAGUGUGGUUGGCCAUUUCUCAAGCGUUCAAGCUUACGUGCUAGUGUGAACAAUAUAUCUUCUUUGCAUUAGAGGUUGGCUGUGUAUAUUUGAUGUCGCUGCUGCUAAGCUAUGCGGAUUUGGGGAUGGAAUUUUGUAAUUUAUACCUA